AUGUCAGACAAGGACCCGUUCAAGGACCUGGUCUUCAAUGGUGCUCCGUCGGAGUAUCGGCUGUUCAGGCGGAAGAUCCUCCUGAGUGUGGCUUCUCUGGAGGAGAAGCAUGUUUACUUGGCUGGCCCGCGGAUCUUGAACCGCUUGACGGGGGAAGCUUGGCGAGCGACUGAGCACCUUGCCAUUGGCGACCUUAGGUCUGAGAAGGGCUGGUUGAGAGUUCUGCAGGCUCUGGACGAGCACUACCGCUAUUUGCCGGAGACCGAGCUGAACGAGUGUGUGGACGAGUUUCUCUUCCAUUUGAAACGGAAGGGCCACGAGGGGCCCACAGCUUUCGUUUCGCGUUUCAAGGCGGUUCUCAGCCGGCUUGAGACUUUGGUGGCUGCGGAGAAGGCACAGCAAAAGGGAUCGACUAAGAGAAGGAGAUCGUCGAAGCGGACACCGAGUCCGGAUGGAGAGCCUUCUACGAGCAGCUUGAGCUCAGAUCAUGCUGAGGAUGAGGAGCCGGUCCUAACCAAGGACCGGGUGGAAGCGGCGGCAGCGGCCGCUGAGACUCCUUCGGGUGCUCGUGCACCAGCUGAGCCGGCCAGUGUUUCCAAGGGCCCGCGCACGGUCGGCAGCUUCGUGGAGUCUCCUAAGAAAAAGCCCCCUUCAGCAGGCGGCUCUCAGAAGAGCCGCGGGACACAGAAGGCCGAUGAUGAACGAGCCAACCGACAGAUGAUGGAAGACUUGGGGAAGCUGGAGGUCGGGCAUCUCCGGGUGAAGCCCAUCUUCCCAGAAGUGAUCCUGGGACAUCUGUUCAUGAGGAAGUACGGGCUGAAUCGGGAACAGAGAAGCCAGGUGAUCCGUUCGACCGGUGGCUCGUGCCGGUUCAGGGACGUGGAGAAGGUGAUCCGUGCCUCCGACUACGAGGACAAGUUCCACGACCCGAGCUCCCGAGUUCAGUCGUCUCGGUCGACAAGCGGGGCUAAUGUCCUUGCUGCCGAAGAGGGCAGCAGCCUGAGUGAGCCCACCUACUCGGACGAGGAUGAGGUCAACGAGGCGGCUACAGGCGACGAGGAGAACGACGAUGAUGAGGACCUCGAGGAGGCCUAUGAGAUCCAGAAGAAGGCGAAGAACGAUGCAAAGCGCGCCUUCCGGAGCUACAAGGAUAGCCGGCGACGAGUGAAAGAAAUCCGGAAGGACAGGCAACCCUACAUGCCUGUGGUGGCGAUCCCGCCUUCCUCAUCAAACGCGGUUCCCCCCGACGCCUUGCCGGUGCAACCUACGUUCCGGUAUGACCGGAAGCCGUCCCGACGGACAAAUGACAAGGGGAAAGGCGGCCGCAAGGGCCGCAAGGAGGACGUGAGUCUCGUGCAGGCCUCGUUGGUGACCGAGUUUUCUUACAUGGUCUCGGCCGAGGACGCUGCUCCAGAGGAUGACCAGGAGAUCUUUGCCGUCUCCGUGCCGCCUGGCUUGGCUGUGAUAGACACGGGGUGCACCACCUCGGUGAUCGGGAGGCGCACAGCUGAUCGCUACAUCGAGUUCUUCAAGGCAAGGAACAUCCCCGAGCCGACUCUGGUCACCCUGCCUCCUGUCCAGCUGAAGGGCUUCAAUGGGAUGCGCUCCUCCUCAGAUCGUGGCCUCAAGUGGACAGUCAAGCUUGGAAGUUUGUGGGGCCAGGUCACGACUUACCUGGUGGAGGGCGAGGCUCCCUUUCUCUUGAGCCGCAAGGUCCUGCAGAGCAUGGAGGCGACGAUCGACCUCGGCAAGUGCACUCUGUCGAGCGAAAAUCACGGACUCAAGAAUGAGCCCUUGGCCCAGGCGAGCAAUGGCCAUCUCCUGAUGCCCCUAGUCCCAACCGAGGACUACGAGGACCUGCUCCAAGUGCAACUGGCGGAGACCCCUGUAGACAAGGCGGCCGGUGUAGAUAAGCGCAAGCACUUCCAAACCAUAAUGAAACACACCCGAUAUACCCAAGUGGAUACAGGUACCUAUCGGUAUGAACUUCGGAUGGUCUUUGGUCAGGAUGUGGACUUUGCUCUGUGUGCCUACAGGAGGGCGGUGUUCGACCGGCCUGGAGCAUGCCUCUUUGCGUACCGAUACGCAACGGCCCAGGAGCAGGCCGUGUUCGCCGGUCCUGCAAGCCUGUCUCACCACUGCGAGCGUGGCCGUGGUCUGGCUAGCAUCAGGUUAGGAGUUAGCUUCGGUCAGGAUUUCAACAAGGCGAAGGUUAGCUUGGCCAAAGGUGGAGAGGCUGCAAGGUCUGUGCUAGCCCGACGCAAGAAGGUAGUGUCCGCCCUGCAAUCGUGCCACUGCCCGGGGCACCAGUCCCAUGCACACGUGUCAGAAAAGCCCCGGGAUCAUGGGGGGCGAUAUCCACCGAAGUUCUGCAAGAAGCUGGUGCGUGCACUGGCCAGUAGGGACAAAGAGGUUCUUCCAGAGCACGACAUCUUCAUGCAGACAGACGAUGAAGCAGACUCCGAGAGAGAGUCUGACCAAGAGGGCGACCCAGAUGAGGAACCGAGGCUGCAAGCCGCCAACCGCAGAUCAUAUGCGGCUAUGAUCCAAAAGCUGCAUGUCAAUACUGGCCAUGCUUCGGUUCCCCAGAUGCUGCGUCUUGCUCAGCGUGCCAAGGCACCGGCCGAUCUGAUUGCGGAAAUUCGGAAGUUCAAGCGCUCUGUGUGUGAAGAACUCCAGGUUCCUCCGACUCAUAGAGUAGCAGCCUUACAGCAUACCGAGACCCCGAACCACAUUGUAGGCCUUGAUCUUGUGCAAGUAGAGCUUAAGAAAGAAGGACCCCGUGGACCCAUCGAAACCAAAUACAAUGUCCUUACUGCAGUCGACUAUGCCUCCGAUUUCGCACAGCAGAUCGUCCUGCCAGCUGGUCCGGGAGUUGCUCGCUCCCAGCUUGAGCCAAUGGCUCAUGACGAGCUCAAGUCGAUGGUCAGCGGCUGUGUUGCGAACGGUCAGCUGGAGGUGCUUCUGGCGGAGAUCGAUGCCCAGCGCCCCGACAAGAUGGUGAGGCGCAACGGCCCUGGCUCCGACAGUGGCUUGUCUGACUAUGCGGUGGUGAACAGCCCACCAAGUCCGGCGGUUGAGGCCAGGAGUGCCCCCUCAGGACCUCGUAAUGGGCCUCCCGUGCCGUGUCCAGUGAAUCAGCCGAUCCGCAAUGGUCCUCCGGUGCCAUGUCCAGUGAAUCACCCGGCCUACGCCGAUGGAGAUCGUCGCCGUGCCCCUGCGGCCCCGAGCUCUCCGGCAUCUUCCCUGCACUUUGACACCAGCUCCGAGACCGAGACGACCAGCUCCUAUCAGGUCGAGCACGGCUAUGAGGAGGAGUACAAGUUGCCCAGGGUGACUUCCCACAGGCUGCCGCAUGGCCUGAGUAGCCUUCAGCAGUGGGGCCGCUCCCUUCUGACGUUGCCCAAGUUCGCGGAGAAGAAAUGGUCCUACAAGAAGAUUCUCGAAGUGGGCUGGAACGACAAAGAUGUGUUGUCGUACCUUCGCUGGAUCCGCUCCACCUACUACCAGGAUGCCAGCAGGCCCGUACCGGGCAAGGCGAGCGACCUCGCGGCCUUCCUCAUCGCCACCGACUACCCGAUCAUGGCUCGCCUCGGCCAGGUUGGACCCACGAGGGUCUUCGUAGACGAGUGA